GCGGCUCUUUAGCGCCGCCCUAGUGGCUCCCUGGAGCUUUUUUUAAAAUGUAUGAAAAAUGGAAAAAGAUGAGGAAAAAAUUUUUAUUUUUUAUUUUUAAUAUGGUUUCCGUAGGAGGACAAACAUGACGCAAACCUCCCUAAUUGUUAUAAAGCACACUAUUUGUAUUAAACAUGCUUCACUGAUUUGAGUAUUUGGCGAGCGCCGUUUUGUCCUACUAAUUUUGGCGGUCCUUGAACUCACCGUAGUUUGUUUACAAAUAUAACGUUCUCCGACUUUCUAGGACGUGUUUUAUGCCACUUCUUUUUCUGUCUCAUUUUGUCCACCAAACUUUUAACGUUGUGCGUGAGUGCACAAAGGUGAGUUUUGUUGAUGUUAUUGACUUGUGUGGAGUGCUAAUCAGACAUAUUUGGUCACUGCAUGACUGCAAGCUAAUCGAUGCUAACAUGCUAUUUAGGCUAGCUAUAUGUACAUAUUGCAGCAUUAUGCCUCAUUUGUAGCUAUAUUUGAGCUCAUUUAGUUUCCUUUAAGUCAUCUUAAUUCAAUUCAUAACUCAUGACACAAUAUGGCUUUUAAUUUUUUGCGGCUCCAGACAGAUUUGUUUUUGUAUUUUUGGUCCAAUAUGGCUCUUUCAACAUUUUGGGUUGCCGACCCCUGUCCUAGAUCAACUUCAGAUCAAUUUGUCGAUAAUUUAAAAAAAAUAAUUGUUAUUUUUUGGCCGUUUUGUCAUAAAACAAAUGUUUUUAUGCAAAAUGCAGAACAUAUUUUCUUUGUAUGGAAAACACACCAAAUAUUUCCCUCACAAUAAUUUCAAAGUGUAAUAUUUGAUGUGAAGUAAUUGAAGCCUUCAAUAUGUCAAUAAUUCAUAAUAUUGAUUUUUAAUUCAUUAUUAGUUUUGAGCAAUGACAGUUUAAAAAAAAAAAUCCCAUUAAAACUCUUGGGGAUCCAAAAGUGUCCCACUCAUAAAAGUGUUAAAAAUUAAGGUAUUUUUUUAAACGGUCAACACUUAUAUCUAGAGAUGUCCGAUAAUAUCGGCCGGCCGAUAUAUGCGUUAAAAUGUAAUAUCGGAAAUUAUCGGUAUCGGUUGUUUUUUUUAUCGGUAUCGUUUUUUUGUUUUUGUUUGUUUUUUUAAUUAAAUCAACAUAAAAAACACAAGAUACACUUACAAUUAGUGCACCAACCCAAAAAACCUCCCUCCCCCAUUUACACUCAUUCACACAAAAGGGUUGUUUCUUUCUGUUAUUAAUGUUCUGCUUCCUACAUUAUAUAUCAAUAUAUAUCAAUACAGUCUGCAAGGGAUACAGUCCGUAAGCACACAUGAUUGUGCGUGCUGCUGCUCCACUAAUAGUACUAACCUUUAACAGUUAAUUUUACUCAUUUUCAUUCAUUACUAGUUUCUAUGUAACUGUUUUUAUAUUGUUGUACUUUCUUUUUUGUUCAAGAAAAUGUUUUUAAUUUAUUUAUCUUAUUUUACUAAUUUUUUAAAAAAGUACCUUAUCUUCACCAUACCUGGUUGUCCAAAUUAGGCAUAAUAAUGUGUUAAUUCCACGACUGCAUAUAUCGGUUGAUAUCGGUAUCGGUAAUUAAAGAGUUGGACAAUAUCGGAAUAUCGGAUAUCGGCAAAAAGCCAUUAUCGGACAUCCCUACGUGACAUCUGUAGAUGGACUUCAGAAGUAUCCGUCAAUUAUACUUUUUUUUGUUUUUUUUCCGUGUUUUUUUUUUGUUUCUUUUAUGCCCUUUUAGUCAUUUAAAUGGCAAACGCAAAGAAAAAAAAAUGCAAUAUUUUUCCCAAAAAACAUUUCAAAGUGUAAUAUUUGAUGUGAAGUAAUUGGAGCCUUAAAUAUGUCAAUACUUCAUAACAGUGAUUUUAAUUCAGUAUUAUUUUUGGAGCAAUGACAGUUUUGGAUCAAAAUAACAUGUCAGAUUUGUGUUAUUAGAGUCAACUUUUUCUUGUUGCAUUUCACCUGUUUGCUUCUUUUAUUCCACUUUUUCAUCUUGUUUUUAGUAGUAUUUUUAGAAUGUGCCACAAAUGGCCCCCUGGCCACACUUUGGACACCCCUGCUUUAGUGCGUCUUAUUAAUGUCUUUAAUGUAUUUGCAUUCCAAUCAAAGAUCAGAACAUGUUUUUUUAUCAAACACUCCAAAUAGGAACAAACAACCGGCUAGAAAAUGUCAAAGUUGUGCGUGUUGACGACCUGACGACACAGCUGCAGGCUGCUGUGCACCAACACCCCCUCAAUAGGUCAAAGGUUAAACAAAGAUGGCCACAAACGCUUACCCCUGGUAGGUGGUGGUCAGUUCCAACCUGCUCACUACUGUCAGGAAGUCUUGUUGGAGCUUCGUUUGUGUCUUCAUUACAAUAGCUCUUUUAUAUUGGAUUUUAGUGUAAAAAAAUGAGUAUAUAAAAAUUCAGUGUGUAAAAAUUAAGUAUUAAAAUAUCAGUGUAUAAAAAAAUCUGUUUAAAAAAAUAAGUAUAUAAUAAUUCGGUGUGUAAAAAUUCCCUUUGGAAAUAUCAGUGGGUUUUUUUAACAUCAAAUUACACUUACAAUUUCUUGGAAUACAAAUUUGUGAGCAAAAUCUUCGUUUAAAAAUUCAUUGUAAAAAAAUUAGUAUAUAAAAAUUCAGUAUUAACAUUCUGUAUUAAAAUAUCUGUGCAUAAAAAUUCAGUGUAAAAAAUCAAUAUAUAAAAAUUCAAUGUGUAAAGAUUGACUAUGAAAAUAUCCGUGUAAAAACAAGUAUCUCAAAUUCAGUGUCUAAAAAAAAUCAGUAUAUAAAAACUAUGUGUAAAAAUUCUGUAUUAAAAUAUCUGUGUAUAAAAAUUCAGUGUAAAAAAAAUCCAUCCAUUUUCUUCUGCUUGUCCCUUUUGGGGUCGCAGGGAAUCGAUAUAUAAAAAUUCAGUGUGUAAAAAUUCACUAUGAAAAUAUCUGUGUAUAAAAAUUCAGUGUAAAAAAUAAGCAUAUAAAAUUCAGUGUGUAAAAAUUCAAUUUGGUCAUAUCAGUGUUUGAAAUUUCAGUGUAAAAAAAAAAAAAGAAAUCCAGUGUGUAAAAAAUGUAUAAAAAUAUCUGUUUAAAAAAAUCAGUAUAAAGAAAUUUAGUAUGAAAAUAUCUGUGUAUAAAAAUUCAGUGUAAAAAAUAAGUAUAUAAAAUUUAGUGUGUAAAAAUUCACUUUGGAAAUAUCAGCGUUUAAAAUUUCAGUGUAAAAAAAAUCACAAUAUAGAAAUCCAGUGUGUAAAAAAUGUAUAAAAAUUCAGUAUGAAAAUAUCCGUUUAAAAAUUCAGUGUGAAAAAAAUUAAAUUUGUAUACACAUUUUUCCCCCCACAUAUUUACAAAAUUCUACAAGGCUGUAUUUUAACUACAUUUUUAAACACGCAUUUUGCUCACAAAUGAAAUUGUCAGCAUAAUUUGAGGUAAAAUUCAAACGCAACAAAAAUAUGUUUCAUAAAUUCAGAAUCAAAAAGAGCUUUCGUAUUAAAGACUCAAAUUAACCUCCAUAGUUUGCAAUUUAUUGUUUUAAUGACGUUAAAUUUAUUUUGCACUAAUUUCUCAUGAUUUUUUUUAUUUGAUUUUUUGUACAAAACCUGAAUUCAAUUCAAGUUUGAUUAGAUAAGAAGUAUAAAAAUCGUUUUUCAUAAAGGAAAAAGUGAAAACUAUUGUAGUGGAGUUGAGAACUCCAAAUAAAAUUCUGCUUUCAUUCUAAUCGAGUCAGAAGGAAACGUUCACAAGUGUAGUGAGUUUACUGUGGCUCCCCCUGGUGGAGAUGAGAGGAACUGUGUCACUAAUGAUGAUGAUGCGCAUCAACCGACAGAAAGUCAUCAGCCUCAAGUGUGUGUGUGUGUGUGUGUGAGUGUGUGUGUGUGUGUGUGUGUGUGUGCGAGGAAGGCCACGCUGCCUGCGGGCAUGGAAACAUGUUUUCAUGGUCAAGAAGUGGCCUGGAAAUGUUGCUAUUUUUGUCCACACCGAUGACGCCGUGCAAGCAUACUGUUUAUUUUGAGCAGAGUAUUUAUACGAGAUAUAUUUCUGAAGGCUUUUUACUCGCAAGAUUUCAGACGUGGGACCGGACUUUCCUUCCUUGUCACAUGCAAACGACGUAUAAAUACGUAGUGUACAUACAGGAUAUAUAAAUAUAUAUAUAUAUGUACAUGUAGGUGUAGAGGAAUACUAGCUGACUAAACACAUGACAACUUUUAUUUUGACACAUUUAGCCUCCCAUUCUAAUCUUGUAAUUUAUUUUGAAAAAAAGACAUAAUGUUCAUAAUGAAUACAUCAUUAUGAACAGAAGCUGCAUCCUGGACAAUACAACUUAGCAAUUAUUCUUCAAAGAGUCGCACUUGUCUUCUUUUUCUCAGAAAUAAUAGUCACCAACUUUCCUGGGUUUGAUCAGACAAAACUGCAGAACCCGGCGGGCACGAAACAACGUCCACAACUUGUUGAAUGAGGUCCUAAUGUUUUACAACGUUGAAACAACAUGCUUUUUGACGACGUUUAAUCAAUUUUGGGUUUUGAUGUUGAUUUGACCUUUAGAAAUUUGGUCAUUUUACAACCAAUAUUCAACACAAAUACAACGUUGAAACAACAUGCUUUUUGGCAACGGUUAAUCAAUGUUGGGUUCUGACGUUGAUUUGACUAUUGAAGUUUCGUAAUUUUACAACUCAAAUACCGUGUUGAAACAACAUGCUUUUUGACAACGUUUAAUCAAUGUUGGGUUCUGAUGUUGAUUUGACUAUUGAAGUUUGGUCAUUUUACAACUCAAAUACAACGUUGAAACAACAUGCUUUUUGACUACGUUUAAUCAAUGUUGGGUUCUGAUGUUGAUUUGACCAUUGAAAUGUGGUCAUUUUCCAACCAAUAUUCUACAACACAAAUACAACAUUGAAACAACAUGCUUUUUGACAAUGUUUAAUCAAUGUUGGGUUCUGACGUUGAUUCGACUAUUGAAGUUUCGUCAUUCUACAACUCAAAUACCGUGUUUAAGCAACAUGCUUUUUGACGACGUUUAAUCAACGUUGGGUUCUGAUGUUGAUUUGACCAUUUAAAUUUGGUCAUUUUACAACUCAAAUACAACGUUGAAACAACAUGCUUUUUGAUGACGUUUAUUCAAUGUUGGGUUCUGACGUUGAUUUGACCAUUUAAAUUCGGUCAUUUUACAACCAAUAUUCUACAACUCAAAUACAACGUUGACACAACAUGCUUUUUGACAACGUUCAAUCAAUGUUGGGUUCUGACGUUGAUUUGACUAUUGAAGUUUGGUCAUUUUACAACUCAAAUACAACGUUGAAACAACAUGCUUUUUGACUACGUUUAUUCAAUGUUGGGUUCUGAUGUUGAUUUGACUAUUGAAAUUUGGUCAUUUCCCAACCAAUAUUCUACAACACAAAUACAACGUUGAAACAACAUGCUUUUUGACAACGUUCAAUCAAUGUUGGGUUCUGACGUUGAUUUGACUAUUGAAGUUUGGUCAUUUUACAACUCAAAUACAACGUUGAAACAACAUGCUUUUUGACAACGUUGAAUCAAUGUUGGGUUCUGAUGUUGAUUUGACCAUUGAAAUUUGGUCAUUUUCCAACCAAUAUUCUACAACACAAAUACAACAUUGAAACAACAUGCUUUUUGACAACGUUUAAUCAAUGUUGGGUUCUGACGUUCAUUUGACCGUUGUUGAUUUGACCAUUGAAAUGUGGUCAUUUUCCAACCAAUAUUCUACAACACAAAUACAACGUUGAAACAACAUGCUUUUUGGCUACGGUUAAUCAAUGUUGGGUUCUGACGUUGAUUUGACCAUUAGAAAUUUGGUUAUUUAACAACUCAAAUACCGUGUUGAAACAACAUGCUUUUUGACGAUGUUUAAUCAAUGUUGAGUUCUGAUGUUGAUUUGACCAUUGAAAUGUGGUCAUUUUACAACCAAUAUUCUACAACACAAAUACAACGUUGAAACAACAUGCUUUUUGACAACGUUUAAUCAAUGUUGGGUUCUGACGUUGAUUUGACCAUUGAAAUUUGGUCAUUUUACAACCAAUAUUCAACACAAAUACAACGUUGAAACAACAUGCUUUUUGACAACAUUUAAUCAAUGUUGGGUUCUGACGUUGAUUUGACCAUUGAAAUUUGGUAAUUUUACAACCAAUAUUCUACAACACAAAUACAACGUUGAAACAACAUGCUUUUUGGCGACGGUUAAUCAAUGUUGGGUUCUGACGUUCAUUUGACCAUUGUUGAUUUGACCGUUUAAUUUUGGUAAUUUCCCAGCCAAUAUUCUACAACACAAAUACAACGUUGAAACAACAUGCUUUUUGGCUACGGUUAAUCAAUGUUGGGUUCUGAUGUUGAUUUGACCAUUGAAAUUUGGUCAUUUCCCAACAAUAUUCUACAACACAAAUACAACGUUGAAACAACAUGCUUUUUGACGACGUUUAUUCAAUGUUGGGUUCUGAUGUUGAUUUGACCGUUGAAAUUUGGUCAUUUUAGAACUAAUAUUUUACAACACAAAUACAACGUUGAAACAACAUGCUUUUUGACGACGUUUAAUCAAUGUCGGUUUCUGACGUUGAUUUUGACAUUGAAAUGUGGUCAUUUCCCAACAACGUGGAUCCAAACGUUGGACAUCAACGUCUGAAUUGACAAAUACAACUAUUUUGCUAAGUUGCUUCAAAGUCCUAUUUAAAGGACAAGUACGUGUAAUCAACGUUGUGUCAAUGUCUCGUGCCUGCUGGGAAAGUCUGAUGAUCAAAAAUCAAUCAUGUUGUGUUGCUGUGAGAAAGUCAAACAAUGACAUUAAAAAAGCUCAUUGCAGUUUUUCUACCUGAUUAGGAAUGUAAAAUGCAGGUGUGUGUGUGUGUGUGUGUGUGUGUGUGUGCAUGUGUGUUGUUGCGUAAAAGAGAGUGUUGGUACAAGUGUGUGUGGAAGUGUGCAGCAUGCUUUUCAAUGUCGCAACUUUGCUGCGUAACAAAAUCAAUUAUUUUGCGCACAAAGUGUCUUUAAUGUGCUGCCGGAUGUUAAAAAGUCUGACGAGGCCCUAAAAUGUUUGUGACAAACUGUGUUGAUGCUGUUCAAAGUUUGGACUUUUAAAAAAAAAAAAAAAGAACGUGAUCAUCUUGUCCCGAAAAUGUGUGAGGAAAAAAAAGUCAUCAGAAUGUUGCAAAAACUAUUAAAAAUGUUUUGUUUUUUAUAGGACUUUCAUUCUGGUGUUUUUUUGUUGUUGCUUAAAGUUGAGUAAACAGCAAGAAGAAUGUCAAAUGUGCCAUUUCUCUCAACUACUAUUCAUUCAUGCUCAGAAGUGGUUGCCAUGGGAACGGAUAAGCAACCUUGAAGGACCAGGAUUCAGAGCAGGAAGUAGAAAGUCAACAAUAAAAACAACAAAUAUAUCCACUUCCGUCCAGCGUCAUCAUUUCCUCUUUCGCUCCUGAAUGAGCGACGUUGGCAGUUUCACUUGCUUGAGCGACCUUUUGCCUGGCAACACGUGACGUCACGAGGUACGUUAUAUUAAAAAUACGUUCCGUACGUCGUGUAACCUCAACGGAAAUUGAUGCUAAAUACUUUGCUAAAUAUUUUAUAAUUACACGUGAGUGUCUCAGGUGCGUUGAAAUGUCACGUCGACAUGUUUUAUCCAAGCAAAAACAACACGGAGUUGACUAUUUCCUGCAUGUUACAGGCGACGACCAGCAGGGGGCGCCGGUGCGCUGAGCUCUGAGCAGCGUCGCGUCACGUCAGGGCGGCGAGGAAGAAGAAGCUUCUCCACAGGGAUCUCGGCGAUAAUAAAAGGUGUCAUCUAUCUUCACCAGGGAUGUCCGGCAGAUGCGGUUGCCAUGGAAACAGAUAAGAUACCUAAGUUCUCCUCCAAGGACGAGGAAAUCCACUUCUGGAAAGCUCUGUACCUGAAGUACAAGACAAGCUGCCAGGAGGCUCGCGAGGAGCUGCUGGAGUUCCAGGAGGGCAGCCGGGAGCUGGAGGCCGAGCUGGAAGCUCAGCUGGGGCAGGCCGAGCGCCGCCUGAAGGACCUCAUCUCAGACAACCAGCGGCUGAGGAGCGAGGUGGACUCACUCAAGGAGAGGCUGCAGCAUCAGAAGUGUCAGAGCCACCAGCAGAUCUCCCUGCUGGAGGACGACGUGCUGCAGACACGCAGCAUCAAGGAGCAGCUCCACAAGUACGUGCGAGAACUGGAGCAGUCCAACGACGACCUGGAGCGCGCCAAGAGAGCCACCAUCGUGUCCCUGGACAACUUCGAGCAGAGGCUCAACCAGGCCAUCGAGAGGAACGCCUUCCUGGAGGGCGAGCUGGACGAGAAGGACUCGCUGCUGGAGUCCGUGCAGCGACUCAAAGACGAAGCCAGAGAUCUGCGUCAGGAGUUGUCGGUGCGUGAGAGGCAGACAGACGGCGGCAGGACGUCCUCCCCCAGCUCGCCCACGGGAGCCGACUCCACCCCGCAGGCGACGCUGACCACAGGUGUCCACCACGCCUUCCUCACCAACGCCACAGGUGUGCCCUCGGUCUACGGCAGCAACUCUCCGCUGACUCCCUCCGCUCGAAUGUCAGCGCUCAACAUCGUCAGCGAUCUGCUCAGGAAAGUCGGGGUGAGUUUCUUUGGACUCCUGAUGACCUGCCCCGCCCUCAUCGUGGUCCUCGUCCUGGUCCUGGUCCUCUCUCCGCAGGUCCUGGAGUCCAAGCUGGCGGCGUGCAGGACCCAGGCCAAGGAGCAGAAGACCAGGAAGACCUGCGCUCUGGACAACGACAACGUGCUCAACGCCAACACCGGCGCUCUCCACAUCUACUUGGACAAGACCCAGGAAGCAGCGACCCUCACGGCCCCCCUCGCCGUUUGACUCUCUGACCACGCCCCCAGCCGCUCUGGCCCCGCCCCUCCUGCCACGGCAACACUGGAGUAAUAUGCAAGGCAACUGUCCACUCAGCAAUAAGUUGGAAUAAUUGUGUCCUGGUUAUUUAUUAUUUAUUCAUGUUUGUCAACGUGCUGAAGGAGCCUUGUCAUCAAUAUUGAUCUGCUUUUUGACAAAAGGCGUCAAGUUUGGCUGCCACGGAACUGAGUCACAUGACAUGAGUCACUAUAAUGGUCAUAUUGAUCCUUAGCAUUCCAAAUCACCACAUUUGACAUCUUUUACCUGCACUUUGGUUUCAUUUUUUCACGUGCAAUAUCACUUGUUUGUAUAUUUAUUCAGGAGUAAUAUUGAAAGAAAUGUGUCAAUUAAAAAAAAGUCUCACUCAA